AUGGCACAGCCAAGUUAUGAUCUUAAGAAAGUGUAUAAAGAAAUUUUUACGAUCAGUAACUAUUGUGUGGAGAGUAAAGGUCAAUUAACAGUUAAUUCAAAUCACAAAUCAAUCCACGAUUAUUGUAAUUCCUGGAGGAACUCAGGAAAAGGUAAUUGUGAUUGUUAUUUUCAAUUGGCUAGUUGUGGUUUUAUUUAUUUGCUAGAAAAUUUAAAGAAGUAUGGUUUAGACGAUGAUAAACUUGCCGAAUAUGCUAUUUUAUGGUUAAGUUAUAAACUAAAUACAGCGCCAGAAAAUUGUGACAUGAAUUUAAAUAAUUUUUAUACUAAAUAUAUAGAAACAAAUAACCAUUAUAAUAAUAUAAUAAAUGGUGAUGAUAAUAUGAAUUAUAAGAAAAUUAUAGAUAAAAUAAAAGUUUUGAUAGAUAUUAAAGAAAUAUCUAAAUUUAAUGAUAUAUUUUAUACAUUAUUUUUCUCCUAUUUUGUAAUUGAUUAUAAUGAUUUCAAAUGCGAAAACUAUUUGGAAUUUGCUAAUAAAUUUGUUCAAUAUUUUCAAAAACUCAAUAAUGAUUCUAAUAAUAUAAAAGACAGUUUAUUUAGUCAAAUAUUGUCUACAUUAUCAAAUGAUUAUGAUAAUUUAAAAAAUAUAUAUGGUAAUAAAUCUUGCAAAAUUUCAUCUAUUCCAAAAUUAAACCCCAAAAGUCCUGUAGAAAAUUCUGGAAAAGGUGAUAAACAAAUAUUGGGGGAGACUUCUGAAUCUACAUCAUCAAGUUUGUCGAUAUUAAAGACAGUAAUUCCAGGUUUAUCGACAUUUUUUGUAAUACCAGUUUUCUUGGGAGUUGCUUAUAAGUAUUCAUUAUUUGGAAUUGAUAAAUUAUUUCAAAGACAAUAUAUAAGAAACAAAUUAAAAAAAACAAAGAAGAAAAUGGAACUUAAUAUAUGA